GGAAGAGAGGGAGGCCAAGAAAAAAAGUUUGGAGACAGAGUUGACAUUCAAAAUGCAAACUUCACUCAAGAUCAGUCUGCUAUGCCAAACUCAUACUUAAAGCCAGUAAAUAUUACCAGGAAGGAGAGGGAGUUUGUUGACCUCUUUUUUGUUACAUCCACAUGACAGGUUAAUAGGUUUUCUUUUUCAGUUCUUGGCAAUGUUUCCCAGCCCCAGCACGUCCACUCCCUUCUCUGUAAAGGAUAUAUUAAACCUGGAGCAGAGUCAUGACGUUAUGGUGUCUUCUCUGGACGUUUCUUCUCGUAUGGAGUGCUGCACCGUGCCGACCUCCUCCUCCUCCUCCUGCAUGCUGGCCCGUCUGAAGCAGGAGCCUCUGCGGGACAUGUCGUCCGCCGCCGCCGCCUCGCUGUUUGGAGAAGACCUCCACGAGUCCAGAGCCGGCAGAGGCAAUGCCCUCAACUAUGCUACCUUUUAUGGGAAAUCACUCAUGGAGAUGGAUAUAGUUAAGGAUGGGAAAUCAGACGCGUUUGAGGGGAAACGCAGAAAAGAGGACUUCAGCCCUCCGACCGAGCCUGUGGACGACAUAAAAACAGAGGACGCAAGGCGACCCAAGCCCCGGAGACGCAGGAAGCCGCGGGUCCUGUUCUCCCAGGCGCAGGUGUACGAGCUGGAGCGCCGCUUCAAGCAGCAGAGAUACCUGUCCGCGCCGGAGAGAGACCACCUCGCCGGGGUGCUAAAACUCACCCCUACCCAGGUGAAGAUCUGGUUCCAGAACAGGAGGUACAAGUGCAAGCGGCAGCGGCAGGACCAGAGCCUGGAGAUGGUGUCUCUGCCGCCGCCCAGGAGGGUGUCGGUGCCGGUGCUGGUGCGGGAUGGGAAGCCUUGCCUGGCGGCAGACACAGCCCCUUACAACCCCUCCUACAGUAUGGGUCACCUCAACCAUUUCACUUACAACAACUAUCCAGCUUUCAGUAACUACACCAGCCCAGGCUGCAACACAAACUAUGCGUGUAACUACCCUGCAGCCACAAUGCAAACUAUGCAAGGGUCCUCCAACAACGGGAAUUACAUGAACUUUGGGGUGGGGGACCUGAAUAAUGUCCAGAAUACAUUUCCCUCCAGUAAUGGGGUGUCUUCGUUACAUGGCAUUAGGACAUGGUAAACUCAACAUGCAGCAGUGUUACCUAUUCAGUUUAUAACGGGAUUAUUUGCAUGCAUUUUAAAAUGUGUCAAGACUUUGCGGAGCUUGUAUAACUUCUCUUAUAUUUAAUUACCUACUCACUUUUGGUAGUUUUUCGUUUUCUUUUUGUUCUC